AGCCUUGAAAAGGCUCCGGCGCUUCUGUUGCGUCUUUAAUUUUGGUCCCUGCAGCGUCGGGCUGAGGGUGUUGGGAAAGGAAGGGUGCUGAAGGCGCCGCCCGGCGUUGUCAGCCACCGAAAUGGCUUCGGGCGACCUGAUCCAAGGCUCUUCCCGGGGCAGGAAGGGGCGGCGGCGGAGGAGCCCGCCUAAAGUGCGGCAAGUGGCAGCCGCGGGUGGGGGAGCGCCCACCAUGGCCGGGCACAUCCUGGAGGCGGUGGCGUCUUCCCAGGAGCGCCGCGGUCUGUCGCUGGCCGGGGUCAAGAAGGCGCUGUCAGCCGCCGGCUACGAUGUGCCGCGGAUCAACUCGCGGGUGAACCAGGCGGUGCGGAGCCUGGUGUCCGCAGGCUCGUUGCUGCGGACGGCGGGCGCCGGGGCCUCGGGCUCCUUCAAGAUCAACCGGCAGCAGCACCACGAGGACGGGCAGAACCGCCCGGUGCCAGCAGCGGCCGCCGCCGUUAAUUCCAAACCCCGCGGUCGGCAGCGGAAGGCGGUCAGCGGCGGCGGCAGGAAGGGCGGCAGAAAGAGGAGCCCGACCAGGAAGAAGCCACCGCCAGGCAGCCGGAAAAAGGGCAGAAUCGCUGGCGGCAGGAGGAAGGCGGCCAAGGGAACCGGGGUCCGGAGACCUGGCGGUCGGAUCCGGGCGCCUCGGAAAGCAGGUAAGGAGCUGUCGCCGGCCGCUGAGCCGCCGCCUGGAGGACAGGAAGCUCAACCACAGACGGGAGGAGAGAGCGGCUCCGAGGGCCUUGAACCUGUGGCAGGGAAGCGUUGAGGAAGCGAAGAAAAUAAAUAGAGAAUGAAAAUAAACCAACCGUAAAAGGCUCUUUUCAGAGCCACCGAUAUGUUCAGAAAAAGAGAUCACAAAAACCUAAAGAAUUGCGAAUGGUGUAAAUAAGAAACAAAAAUGAGAAGUUUCUGGAAAAACUCCGGAAGUCUGGCAGCUUCUGUGUUGAGAAAUGAGUUAACGUUUCGGGUCCGGUGACCCUUCCUCAGAAAUCACAACUUAAUAUUUUUAUGUUAUUUAAAUAGGCCGAGAUACAGGCCAUCAAUAGGGAGAGCACGUCCGUUUUAAUUAAAAUGCUCCAAUCUAGGAAGGUUCUUAAAAUAUUUCUUCGGAUGUUGCAAAAAUUUCAGAGCCUAACGCCUCUGCCCUGUCCUCACCUUCCGUUUCCAACCACCGGGAGGAAUGGAAAUUUCAGACCCUCAGCUGCGGCUCCAAAACUUAUUGACGAGAUGUACUUUCUGCCGAUCCUAACGCCCAGAGAGGGAUUAAUUUCGAGUGAGCAACCUGCGGGAGAGAACAAACACAGUGGGGUGGGACAAAGCGAUUGGCUUUUUCAAAGGUCUGGCACAGCGGCGAUGGACUAAAUGGCCUCGCAGUAUCAAUUCUGGGAUUUCACACACAACUGCAAAAAUCAGGAAGAAGAGGCCGUUCAGGCCCCCCGAGUCUGCUCCGCUAUUCACUGCUGAUCUGAUUGAUCGGCCCCAUCUUUAACCCUUGGCUCCCCUGAUUGUUAUGAAUGUCUCUGAAUAUUCAGUGAACCACACCCCGGCCUUACUCUGGAAAAGAGAGCUCGACAGACUCAUAACCUUCUGAAAACCAAUCUCAUCUCCAGCUUAAAUGGAAGACGCCUCGGUGUCCCCCAGCUCUAGUUUCCCUUACCCAAGGAGAAAGUAGAAAUGCCCUUUCAGCCUGUACCUCGUCAACUCCCCUCAGUAUUUUACAUGUUUGAAUGAGAUGAUUUCUGAUUCUGACAAACUUCUAUGGAUGCAUCUUUACUGACCUAGGACAAUGAACAUUUGUUAAAAUUGUACCAUGAUGGGAGGCUGAGUAAAUUUGAUCUAUGUUCCUUGGGCUUUAGAAGAAUGAGAGGGAAUCUCCUUGAAACAUAUGAGACGCUGUACAGGGGAGACAUUAAGAAUAAAUAAUCCCGCAGCCUGAGCGAUGUUUUGAGAUUCUGAAUUACUUUGCCAUCAUUAGAAUGUUUCAGAUAUCCAGCAUUCGCAGACAUUUGCCUUUAUACCCUUGUCUUUGCUUUGCCUUGGGUCUUUCCAGUGAUCGAGGAUGCACCAUCAUAGAUUGUCCACAGAAGCGGGUAAUGUUCUAAGAUUAUAAGAAGAAUUAUAGCAUGACAAUAAUAAGUCAAACCACAUUCUGUCAGACACAAUUACUCAGCUAAACAAAAACAGAGAAUGCUGGAGAAACUCAGCAGGUCUGGCAGCUUCUGUGGAGAGAGUGACAAAAACAGUGAACAUUUCGAGUCCUGUGAGAUUCUUCGACCGAAACACACACAAGAUGAAUCGCAGAAUGGGUGACCACUUUGUGAAACACCUCAACUCUGUCCGUUAAAAAUAAUCCUGAUCUUCCAGAUGCCUGCACUUCAACACAACCUGCUUUCCAUCUCGAUCCCGCUGCAAUGCUCCAGCGAAGCUCAAUGUAAGUUGGGGGAACAGCAUAUUAUUUUCUAAUUGACCUUACACCUCAGGACUCAACAUUAAGUUGAACAAUUUCAUGGCAUGAACACCUCCUGCCAUUUCUGUUACCCACCCCCACACCCCAGGUCCUUUCUUCUCUCUAACUGGGCUCCCUUUCUACAAAACUCUUCACUCCUCUUCCCCCAGAAGAAGUGUCACUGGACUCAAGAUGUUAGUACUUUCUCUCCACAAGAUGCUGCCAGACCCAUUGAGUUUCUCCAACCAUUUCUGUUUUUGUUCAUUUCAGAUCUUCAGCAUCCACAGUUCCUUGCUUUGUUGUAAUUACUCAGACCUUAGGGAGCUGGUACAGAUCCAUCUGCUCGCUCUGAAAGCUGAAGCAGAACUCCUCUUCCCCACUGAUAGACUACAUCUAACAUCAGAAGAAUGGGUGGAGCCAAUGUUACAUGAACAUUAACCUCUCCAGAGCCACUACCUCUUACAACAGAGUGCACAGGAACCAGGAGUUAAAGUGAAGGACAUGACCUUAGGAAAUUCAAUAUCUGGAUUAUUACCUGAACCAUAUGUGAAUUGUUGUAGGCAUAAGGAGGGUUGGGAAGCCAACAUUAAGCUGAGGGACUGGUGUGUGGGUGAUGUUCCAUUUCAUACAAACACAAGAAUUAAGAGCAAUUCAUUCUCUCAAAUUUUCUUGACAUUCAAUAAACUCAUGACUGCUAUGAUUAUACCCUCAACUCCACAUUCCCACCUAUCUCCAGAAAAAUUUGAUGUCGGUUUGCAAUGGGGAUUUGAACUGACGAUACCGCUGGGAUAGUGUGCACCUGAGUUGGACUUGGAGCAGUCGUUUACAUUCAGUCAUUGUGUAAAACAGUUCUAAAUGAGUUAGGUGAUGGAGAGAAUGGGAUGCUUACAAUCAUCUUCAGCAGCUUCAUCAAUAAACUUCCUUCCAUCAUAAGGUCAGAAGUCGGCAUCUUCAUUAAUGAGUAGACAAUGAUUAUUCACAAAGCCUAACGGAGAAGUUUCUGGCUCCAUGCAGCAAGACCUAGACAAAUUUCAGGCUUGAAUUGAAAAGCAGCAAGUAACAUUCAUGCCACAAAAAUGCUAAGCGAUGAGCAUUUUUCAACAAGAUAAUCUAAGUACUAUUGCUGGAUCUUCUACCAUCCUACCAUCUUAGGGUUAAACAUUGACCAGAAACUCAAAUGGGCCAGCAUGUAGUUACUGUGGCUCCAAGGGCAGGUCAGAAGCAGGAAAUUCUGUGGUGAAUAUUUCAUCUCCUGUCUCCCCAUUAUCUGUCCAACUUCUAAAAGAUACAUAUGAGGAGGGUGAUUGAAUACUCACCCACUUGGCUGGAUGGGGGCAGCUCCAACAACACCUAAGAGAUUGACACACCCAGGACAAAGCAGC